AUGGAAUUAUCAAAUAAAAAUUGUGAACAUUUUCAGUCUGUGGAAGCUAUCCAAACAGGCAUGUUUCGUAUGCUGUUGGAGAAGGUUGUAGUUGCUGAAUUACCGAGUCUGCACAAUAUGACAACGCUGGACGAUAAGCGAAUAAUAGCGAUUGGUGUCGCGAAUAUGUUGGCCGAUGCAACUAACUACGUUGGCGACCAAUACGGCCCGUUGGCGAUCGGAACAGCUCAACUAAUCGAAGCCCCAUCAGCAAGUGAUCGGCCUGUUCUUUCUCCGGAAGAGGAGCAAGCAUCGAUGUACAAUGCUGAAGGAGAGUUCACGAAUCCAUACUGCCGCCUAAGCUACGCUCCUCGGGCGGAUCCUCUUGCCCCAGAAAUUACAAACUUCAAAAGUGAGUACCAAUCGAUUUCUUAG